UUCCGCCGCGCGCAUCUUCAAGUCGGUCACCCUCGCGCUCAACAAAUCGACAGACCAACCAAGCCCGCGAGCUCAUUAAGGAAGCGCCUUUGCUUCGCUGUUUCACGUUGCAGCGCUAGAUGCCGGUAAAAUAGUUUAGUAACAUGUCAAGUCACGUAAACUGUGAACGAUGUGAGCAACAGCUGACGGAUGACUGCGAGUAUGAGGCAGAGGGCUCGGAGUCAUUCACUUAUUCAUCGACCAUAAAAGUUGAGUAUUAUAGGUUGUUUGAGUAUUCUGUGACGUGGAACCUACCUAUGUCUCCCAAACGCUCCUCCAGACAACCAAAGUCUUCCAAGAAGAGUCCCCAGAGAAGUCCCAGUCCAAAUGAAGAAGCCAUUCAGCGCAUGUGGAGGGUUAAGAGACCGAGGACCCGGCUGAGGGAGACAGAUGCUGAUGCCAACUCGGUCAAUACAGUUGAGACGGAGGACCUCGACAUCAUAGACCUCAUCAACAGGUCGACUGACGCAAGGCGUGUCGCAGAGAAGGAAGACUUACAGUUUGUAGAGGUGACGGAUGAUGGACUUGAUGUUAUGGAUGAGGACUGUGACUCUGUCACCAGCAGCAUCGCCUCCGGUCCUUCUCACCGACACAGCAGUGUCUCGCACGAGAAAGUGAGGCCUUCACGGGGCUUGUGUUCAGCUUGUAAGACUCUCUAUCAGAAGACAGCCAAGAAGAAGGCACCACUUAAAAAACCUCCCUUAGACAACAAUCCCGAGUCCCUGACAUGUGACCAGUGGGUCCUGGUCAAGAGCUGGAGCUCGAGGAGGCUGCCUAAUGCACGAGGGAAGCUUUUGAUGUGUGUGCAGCGGCUUAAGGAAAGACUUGCUGUCCAGAAACGUUCAAAAGAAACUGCGCAGUAUCUGGUAGAGUCAUCAGCCUGCUCCAACCCACACACUUUCCUUCAGAGGAACCUUCGCCGUCGUAUUAGAACGCCGGUGAAAAGGAGGAGGAAGAACAGGAGGAAGAGGACCAGAGAUGGUUCUCAGGGUCGUCGGGCCACCAAGCAGCAGCGUCUCCAUAGCAACAAUCAGGGCCGACGCGUCAGUAUUAGCCCGACCUGUGGAGACGGUGGUGCUCCGGAAUUUGACGAUCUCAGCGAUCAAGAAGUCAACAAUCAAGCAGAUGCAAAUCUGCCUCCCGAAUUGAUUCCCUCUGCGGUCACCGUGGAAACCACUAACGGAGAGGUCCCACCCGAGCAGAAGGCACCAAAGACCUGGGGUUUCAGAGUCUUGCUUGCCCAGUUGCGUGGCAACAGCAGCAUGAUCGUCCGAGAAUAACGCCAGCGAGGUGACGCCGACAUCUUUUUAAGCUUCUUGCGUUCAGUAAAGUUUUCCAGCUCUAAAGUAGCUUUUAUUUGUUUUUUUUUCUCUUGCCAGGCUAUAAUAAAUAUGUUCUUAUUAGUAGUCUCUAAGUUUACCUGAAAGCAUAUGAAUUAGAUUAUUUAUUUAUUUAUUUACUUGAAUUUCCAAAUAGCAUUUAUUAAGUUUCAUUCAACAUGUGAAUAAUUCUGUAUCACUAGACAUGAUCCAAAAAAAAACAUAUGAAUACUUUCAGUAAGAUUAUCCAGAAGACUGGAGCUGUGCCCAGAUUACAUAUGACAUACUAACGCAAUUAAAAGUGACAACAUUAAGUCUACCAGGUUUCUGUACGUUGUUUUGCGUUAUUUAUUCCACAAUGCAGUUUGAUUUCUGACAGGGUACAGGUGCAUAAUUCCUUGGUAGAAUGGAAUCUUUUUUGUGUAUAUUGCCUGCAAAUACUUUAUAUAUCCUACAGUAUAUAUUUAUUAAAUACUUUGAAUUGGAGACACAGUGUAUUCCUGUGCUCUGUAUGAAUUAAACCACUGUUCUCCUUGAAUCUUAAAUUAAUAAAAAUUCCACAUAUCAGUUUGUUGAAAGUUCUAAGC